UUGUGGCUGUGGCGUGUUUUGUGAUAACAGCAAAAAUAUUAUUUUCUGGUUCUGAUAAUGAUAUAAAAAUACCAGAAUAUUUGUGCUCUUUGCAGUAGGUUUGUUCUCUAAUUACAAAUUAUUAUUCGUGUGAUGUUCGCCAUAAAGAUAAAAAUUAAGUCCAAGUGAUACUUGUUGUGGUACAUUUAGCUAUACAGUUUCAUUUCGAUAUUUUUACGUGGAAUGUGUUCGCAUUAUUCCGUUCGUAUGUCGUCUUGAACCGUACGAGUUAGUUUUUUGAAUAUAAUUAUUUCAACGUAACCUUGAUAUUCAACUCACUGCUUUGAUGCUCGACCAUUGAAAUUUGAAACAUGUUGCUGUCAAAAAUAUCCUUAGUUAAAACCCUCUGCGAACUAUGCCAUCGCCAGACUCAGACUCAGACACCCGUACGUCGAAAAUUCUCUCAAACCGUCCGUCUAACAUCUUCAGCAUCCAAGUUCCAACUAGAAGAUGCGCUAAACGUCGAGAGCGAAUUAAACGAAGACGAAAUAAUGCUGAGAGACACAUUCCGUUCGUAUUGUCGCGAAAAACUCAUGCCCAGAAUAUUAUUAUCUCAUCGAAACGAGCAAUUCGACAGACACAUCAUGAACGAAUUGGGCCAACUGGGCGCAUUCGGUUGUACCCUUAAGGGGUACGGUUGCGCGGGCGUCUCUUCCGUUGCUUAUGGUUUAAUCGCUCGUGAAAUUGAAUACGUCGAUAGCGCUUACAGAUCGGCGAUGAGCGUGCAAGGCUCUCUGGUUAUGCAACCUAUUUACGAGCUCGGCAGCGAAGAACAAAAGGAGAAGUAUUUGCCGGGUAUGGCGAAGGGCGAGAUUGUCGGCUGUUUCGGGUUAACCGAACCGAAUGCUGGAAGCGAUCCUGCAGGUAUGCGAACAAAAGCAGUCUACAACGCGGCCAAAAAAACAUACACAUUGAGCGGCAGCAAAACGUGGAUCACGAAUUCCCCGAUAGCCGACGUGCUGCUAAUCUGGGCCAAAUGCGAAGACGGUAAAAUACGCGCCUUCUUGGUCGACAAAGGCACCAAAGGCAUCGAGGUGACCAAAAUCCAAGGUAAAUUCUCUUUACGCGCCAACACCACCGGUAUGAUCAUGAUGGACGGAUGCGAAAUCCCCGAAACUAACUUACUACCCAAAUCGGAAGGUUUGAAAAGCGCUCUAGGAUGCUUGACCAACGCCAGGUACACCAUUGCUUUUGGGGUAACCGGAGCAGCUCAAUUUUGCUUCGAAACCGCCCGACAGUAUUUACUAGACAGAGUGCAAUUCGGCGCACCUCUCGCUUCUAAACAACUAGUGCAGAAGAAAAUGGCCGAUAUAAUCAGCGAGAUCUCUCUGGCGUAUCUGGCUUCGGUUAAAGUCGGACGACUCAAAGAUGAAGGAUUACUCGCUCCCGAAAUGAUCUCGAUAAUCAAGAGGAAUAAUUGCGGUAAAGCUUUAGAAAUCGCCAGAACUUCUCGCGAUAUGCUCGGAGGUAAUGGUGUCGCCGACGAGUACCAUAUUAUCAGACACGUGUUGAAUUUAGAGGCUGUGAAUACGUACGAGGGCACUCACGAUAUACACGCGUUAAUUUUGGGCAGAUCUAUUACCGGAAUUCAAGCUUUCAAAUAGAAAUACUAUGUUCACGUGAUCUGGACACUACUCGAAAAAGUCAACUCUAAGUGAAGACGAGCGACCAAUUUAAAAAAACCAACUACGAGCUUUUGCUACUUAUUUUUAUAAAACGGUAUCCGAGUGUAUAAUUUAAUUCAUUUUUUUUUACACCAUGUGGUUAAUUUGUUAAAUAAAAUUGUUCGUAACAAGUUUCAGAGCAAAGUGUCUGUGUAGGUAGUAGGUAUACCUAACCUACAAAGUAUACGUUAAUUUCAACUUUUUUCCUUACAGAAUAUCGUGUGUAAGUUAUGUUCAUCGUAGCCCAUAUUUUCAUUAAUUCUGAUGUCGAGCCACGUAAUAAAAUGAACUUCGAACAUAA